CUGGAAGAAGUUACCUGCCAAAAAUGACCGCUGAUUUUCAAAGAAAAGCAAAACAAAUGAUUCGUAUAGUAAAUUCGUGUAGUAAAUUGAUCAAUCAUUUUCAUCGACGAGAUGCCGCCUAUAUAUGUCUGGCCUCAUUCUUUUUCAACUUUUUUCUUCUUAUUUUCUCACAAAAUCUAUUUUUACGAAGAGACUUGAUUGACACUUGAAUAACGAGAUGAUUUAUUGCUAGUAACAAACACCUGAAGUUGAAAAUUUCAUUGUUUGGUCGGCCAUAUUUGAGCUCUGCACAUUUUUUCUUGUGGCAGCUAGCUUUCAGCAACUGCUGAAGCUGAACUUACCGGCUAUUGGCAACUGUUAUUGGCAGGCAACAUCGUACAACGAAAAAGUGAGUGCGUAUCAGGGUUGCCAACGGCAGCGCUAGCAUCAAUACGUUUUUCUGAUUUUUUUUUCAGAAAAACGCAUUGAUACUAGCGUUGCAGUUGGCAGCCCUGAUGAGUUUCCGUUUUGGUAGAGAAUGUCACCUGUAAGAGUGGAUUACUGGUCAACCAACAGAAUAACACUUUUGAUCUUGUAAAGCGAGUAUAAUGAAUGAUAAACAAAGAAAAUUCAUAUAUUUUCCUUGAUAUACAAUGCAGAAAAGUGGAUGGCAUGAUCACUCACUUUUCUGAUGUUAACUUUUACAGAGUUAAAUGUGAUGUAUACAUGUUCAAGAUACACCUAGAACUAAAAGGUAGACCUAAGUCGCUAGUGUCAUGAUGAAUUUACGUUGAUUGUGCUCCUAGCGUAUCGUAACGUGUAUACAUUUGUUGAUUUCUUUUAACCGUUGUUGGUGAGAGAUAGUUUGUCGUACGUAAAACCAGUGUAACUGAGAGAUACAUAUAGAAAUCAAUAGAUUUAAUUUUUUUAUAAUAGGAUUUACAGCAGUGAUGGUAUAAAGGCUUUUUAAUCAGAAACUCUGAAAAUCUUGAGAGUUUUGAAGAUGUCGCUAUUCCUUUGGCUAUGGGAAUGUACUAUGGAAAAACUGCCCAAUCAGGUGAGAAUUUAUCAGAUCUACCUUCUUCGGUAUGGAAUCUUAUUUAUGGCAAAUUUCUUACGGCUAAAACAAUAGAAUGGUAUCUAUCAGGUGUUAGUCAUGUGUUUAUUUGUCAUGUCCUUUAUGUUUUGACUACUAUCAGUUUAUUAAUUUCAGUUUUUCCGUUAAAUAACUCGGCUUUUAUGUUUAAUAUAUUUUUAAGUCAUCUUCUCAUCGACAGAUGAGUCUUCGAUGCAUCCACUUUCAGUCCAAAGUGUGGCUGCCGUUUUUACCUUUCGAGGUCAAUAUGCCAAAUUGAAUAGACAUGUAUGAUAGUCUUUUGUUUUGUCUUGCGCAAAGAAAAUGCAUAGUUUGAUUAGAUUAUUUUUUCUUAUGAUAUAAUCAAAUUCCAAUCGUGAUGAACAAUUUAAUAGUUUUUGUGUUUGUACUAUUCACAUUGGAUUCUUUCGGCUACAUCAUAAACUAGUUCUCUCGAAGUCAAAUGUAUUUUAGUCAAAUUUUCAAUAUAUUCCAGGUAAAUUUACUGGAUAGUUUGCAUCUACUUUAUCGUUCUGAAUAGCGAAAAACACUUAGUCAUUGUCGAUCAAUUAGAUCAAAAAAAACUUAUUUUAAGAAUAAAUAUUGCUGACAUUCGCUUGGUUUACCAUUAAUAAUCGCUAAGCUUUACUCAUUAAUAAUCUUUUCCAAAGGCCUUUAGGACUUUCGUCCGAUCUUUUUACAAUAAAUGUUUUGAGAGCUUCGCGUAUUGAGCCAUAUUUUUAGAAAAAAACACUAUAAAAUAUAUUGUCAAAUCCACCAUUCGACAGAAAACAGAGUAAUUUUUCAAGUUAUUGUGAAAAAAAGUUGCAAAAUAUUCUGGCAGAUUACAGUGAAGCAUCAGAAAUGAGAAAAUGACACUAUAAUGAAGCUGUAGAACUUGUAUAAUGUUUUGAGGAAAGUUACAUUAUCAGUGUGGGUUGUUUAAAUCGACGUUUUUUUCAGAUUAUUAGUUUCACACUUUAGUUGUAUUCAAAUAUUAUUUUUAAAAAUGCCAAUUGCUGAAACACAUACAAAAAAUGAACCACAUACAAAAAAUAAACUGGGCCUUACUUUGCCCGAAGUGCCACGUGAUCCCAUUGAUCCCCAUAAUGAAAAUGGUGUUCAAGAAGUGUGCAUCGAAAGAUUAAAGGAAGAAUUCAAUCAAUUAGAUUGUACAGAUAAACAAAAAGAUCGUAUGGAAGAAUUUUUUAAAUCAAAAAAAGCUGUUGGAGAAUUGAAACAAGAUGAUUUAGUGAAUAUAUGUGAACUUGGUCAAGGAAAUGGUGGUGUAGUAUGGAAAGUUCGACAUAAACCAACAGAAAAAAUAAUGGCAAGAAAAUUAAUUUAUUUGGAAGUGAAACCUGCAUUGAAAAAUCAAAUUAUUCGUGAACUUAAAGUUCUUCAUCAAUGUAAUUCGCCUUAUAUCGUUGGAUUUUAUGGCGCAUUUGCUGUCGAAGCACAGAUUAGUAUCUGCAUGGAAUAUAUGGUACUUCGUGGUUUGAGAUAUUUACGAGAAAAACAUCGAAUUAUGCAUCGAGAUAUAAAACCAUCAAAUAUUCUUGUCAAUCAACAAGGUGAAAUUAAGUUAUGUGAUUUUGGCGUCAGUGCACAAUUAAUCGACUCAACGCCGGAAAGAUUAGAAGGAACUCAUUAUGGUAUUAUGUCGGAUAUUUGGAGUCUUGGGUUAUCACUCAUCGAAAUGGCUGUUGGUCGUUAUCCAAUACCACCACCAUCUGUACAAGAUAUUGAUGCAUUAUUUAAACAAGAUCCGCAUGGUUGUGAACCGAGACCAGAAGGAUUUGGUUGCCAGAAAGGUUUGGCCAUAUUUGAGUUAAUGGAAUGGAUUGUAAAUGAAGCACCACCCAGUUUACCUCGUAAACAUUUUUCACCCGAAUUUUGUGAUUUUAUUGAUCGUUGUUUAAAGAAGAGUACGUCAGAGCGAGCCGAUUUAAAUACAUUAUUGCAUCAUGCAUUCUACAAACGAUAUGAAAAUGAAAUCGAUAAUCAAGAUGUUGCAUUAUGGAUUCAAAAAAUGUCGAACGAAGAUAAACGAUCAACAAAUGAUAAUAAUAGUUCAUCAAAAGAACAAGAACCGUCACCACCAAUCGGUGCUGUACUUGGGUGGUUGAAUUUGGGAUCUGUAUCUCCUCGACAAGCAACAUCAACAUCACAGGCAAUACCCACUACUGGCAAUAAUACAACUUCCACUUUUCCUGCAUCACCUCCACGUUUUAUCGAAUUUAGUCAAAUGAUGGAAGCGAAUCGAAAUGCACAAAAUUUACAAUUAGCACAUGAAAUUGUGUUUAACAAAGAUUUUAAACUUGAAUUACCAGAAUAUGAAAAAGGAAGUAUGGCAGAAAAAGUCCAUGAUACUAUGCAUUCUGCAUUUUGGGAUAUACUUCGUGAAGAUUUACAGGCAGAUCCACCACGUUAUGAACAUGUUGUCAAUUUAAUCGGUGAAGCUAAGGAAGAUUUGAAAUCAUUGGUAUUACCUUAUCAAACAGUAUUAAAACAACAGAUUGACGAAGCAGUUGAUUUAGAAAUCGUUAAAAAGAAAUUUGAAGCCAAUACUGCCAAUCCACAUGAAUAUAUAAAAUAUUUUAUUGAUAUGAUGAGUACUUUAUGUGCAGAAUGUCGUGAUGAACAAAUAGCAAAAUUGAAAAUGGUUAAUGAUCCUGUCGAAUGUUUUCGAGGAAUCAUGGAAUUGUUGAAUCUAAUGAAACUUGAUAUGGCCAAUUUUAACAUUAGACAAUAUCGUCCAUUAUUGCAACAACAAUCUGUUAAUUAUGAAAAAUCAACAUUUGAAAAAUUUAUUGAAGCUCAACGAAAUAUGGGCAUUGAUCCACUGGCAGCCAGUUAUAAUUGGCUUGAACGUGCAUUUGAACGUAUACAAAAGAAAAUAACAAUUGGUUCUUAUAUUGUACCAGAUCAAUCUGAUGGAAGUGUAUUACCUCUAACAAUUUUAAAUGAAGCUUAUAUGGAAAUACUUCUCUGGAAUCCUAAAAAUUCUUUUCCUGAAACUUUACAAUUGGAUGAAAUUCGUUUUAAUCAAGUUCAUAUUGGCUCAAUGCGUUUACUCAUUAUUGCCACUAUUAUUGGAAUAUUAUCACAUAUAACUGGUUCAAUACUACGUGAUUAUGAGUCAUUAAGAACUCUAUUAAAAACACAAAUGAUUAUUAUUCUAGAAGAUUUUCCACAACGGAAAUUACGUGAUCUAUUAGCAUCAUUAGGUGAACAAGUAGUAAAAACAUCCCGAGAAGAACUUGAAAAAUAUAAUCAAGCAAAAAUUAUUGUUGAUAAUGAACAAAUAAUCAAAGAUUCCAUACUGACAAUCGUUGAUCAUAAGCUAACUGAACAUCCCGUAUUUAAGUUAUUAUUUAAUCGUUAUGUAACAUUCGUUCAACAACUAUUGAUUCAAUCAGCUAAUAUGACAAAUAGUUCAUCAUUGUCUAAUAUUGUUGUACCAAGUGGACUCACUCUUGUUAUGGAUGAAAUAAUUACAACUGUUCGUCUAUUUAUUCGUUUGAUUAAUUAUAAUAAAAUUGUUUUUAAUGAUCAUUACUUAACAAUUAUUAAACAAAUACAGCAGACAAAAUCGACUGUAAGUGCUAGUACUCCUACCACAAACUAA